AUGCUUCCGGAUAAUAAUUACCAGGGAUCAAGUGCCGUAUUGCAGUUGUAUAAUUUUCUGGAACAGAUAAGCUCAUCGCUGAGCUCACAGAUCAGCAGUGCCACCGAUGUGGUCCGGAAGAAUGCCCUGGAAAUAGCGAAUCAGUGUGUACGGGUAUCUAGUCUGAACAAUCGACUUUCAUCGUUCGCUGCGGACCAGUUCAUCGAAAGCCGUGUAAACGAUGAAGACGCUGUAGCCGCACCGAUUCGGACACCGAACACGGAAUGCACUGACAAACGAGCCGAAUUGGCAGAUAAUUUACGGGCAGCCGUUGCGCUUGGAAUCGAUGUAAUACGAACACGUUUCAAGCGAAUCGAAAUGCGUCCAGAAGAUUUCGAUGAAGUGGACGAUCCGGCAUUCAUGCCCGAACCUAUAUUUGAGCCAUAUGUACGGUGCAUCUUUUUUUUUUUUUAA